UCACGUUUAACUGAUCACAGUGGUUUGCCUUUUGUGAGUGGAAGGAAAAACUUUUAAAAGGCAUCGGUUGUAAGUGAACUCUCGAUUAUGACACCAGAGGCAGACUCUGGUUUUUUUUCACCUGUCUCUCAUUAUAGCUGGGCUGGAUGUCUUAUAUAUCUCACUUUGACUUUUUUUCUUUGCCACUUCUGUUUGGAAGCUGCAAAGAAAGAUCACAUCCAUAUCAUUCGUCAUUUAAACUAGUUGCAUAAAGAAGAUGAAGCCAUUUGUUUUUGUCAUAACCUUCUGCCUCAUGGCUCCUGUGGGCUACAGUCAGCUUUUUGGUCCUCCUGGUCCUAAAGGCCCACCUGGGUCACCUGGAGAACCCGGGGCAUAUGGAGAACCUGGAAAACAAGGACAGAAAGGCUUGAAAGGAGAACCUGGGGCUCAAGGGCGUCAAGGACUACCUGGAUUUCCAGGACCUAAUGGACGAAUCGGAAAACCUGGACAGCCUGGCCCACCUGGAACUAUUAUAAUGUGUGGACGAGAUCCUAUUGGCUCUUUUCAAAGCGACACUGAAAAGCUAAUGAAGAGAAUUGCCAAGUUUAAACUUGCUGUAAACUAUGAUUUUGUCCAAAUAGUUGAUCAAAAAUACUUUGUCUCCAACAAGCACAGAGGCAGUUUCUCAGAGGCUGUAGUGUUUUGCAGCCAACGUGGUUUAGAGCUGGCGUUGCCACAGAACGCGGAGGAGAACAACGCACUGACUCAAGUUCAUGGCAAAUUCAGAGCCAAAGCCUGGAUCAAUGUGAACAAUAAAAAAGAUGAGGGGGAGUUUAAAACUGACAUGAAAAAUCAACCUUUGACCUUUAAAAAUUGGGGAGAAGGGCAGCCAGACAAAUCCAUUGAGGAUACAGGCUGCACAAUGCUGUCAGAAAAUGGUUCCUGGCAAGUGACACACGAAUGUUCUCUCAAUGUCCACAUCAUUUCUACAAGCUACAAGUUUGUCCAAAGAUUCUUCACUGAGAAGAUGAGCCCACUUCUUUUUUUGUGCAUCUUGUGCCUGUCGGCCCGCAUCACCUACACUCAGUUUCCAGGUCCUCCUGGUCUUAAAGGUGAGAAAGGAGAUCGAGGAGUUUCUGGGACACAAGGAGUGCCUGGACUACGUGGGGGACCUGGAAUUCCUGGACUGCCUGGACGUCCUGGUGAAUCAGGGGAUGUAGGAAUAUAUGGGCUUCCUGGGCACCCUGGAGAAACAGUGUGCACUGAAGCUACAGUUGAAUCCAGUUGCCCAGAUGUUCAAACCUUAAAAAGCAGACUUGCUGAGUUAGAACUGGCCAUUAACUAUCACUUUGUCCGGAGAGUUGGUCAGAAAUACUUUGUGUCCAACAAGGAGAGAGGCUCUUUCUCCAGGGCUGUCGAAUUCUGCUCCCAACAACACAUAGAGUUGGCUCUGCCCCAGAACGAGGAGGAGAACAACGCACUGACUCAAGUGUUUGGCGAUGUUUACAAGGCAGCUUGGAUCAGUGUCAACAACAAAAAGGCAGAGGGAAAUUUUGAGGUGGAUAUGAAAAACCAACGUCUGACAUUUACCAAGUGGGGAGAAGGUCAGCCAGACAAAUCCAUCCAAGAUACAGGCUGCACCAUGCUGUCAGAAAACGGCAUCUGGCAAGUUACACCAGAAUGUUCGAUGAAUGCUUACAUCAUUUGUCAGUUAUAGAAAAAUCCCGGUUCCUUGCGAAUCUUGCUUUUGGCAAUUUCCCCCCACUAUCAUGUUUAUCUCAACAUUUUUAUUGCAUUUUUAUUUCUUAUAUUACAUGUAGAGAAAUGUUCUCAUUUACCCCAAUGGAAGAAAAAAUCUAAGCUUGCAGUUGUUUAUGAAUUAUGGGUAAAGCAUCAGGGCUGCAUUUUGUGGAAGAAAGAAAACUUUGUAGUAUUAAAAAUGAGACCAACGAUUCUCAGUUGACCAACUGAAGUGAAACUCCCAAUGGCAAUGAAUUCAUGAAUGCAUUGUAAUAGGAAUAACUAUUAUCUCACAGACCUAAGUUUAAGUCAGUUAUUCUGAUGCUUGACUGAUGUAUUGUCAAUAAAUCAUCUAAGCUAACUCUUCAUGGUUUCAAAUAAAUGCUUUUGCAUCACUAU